AUGCCUUUCUCAUCCUCUCCUGUACUCUAUCCAGCAAGCUCUUCCCCUCCGCCUGCGACCCCACUUAAGAAGAAGCGGAGGCUAUUCCAGUCAUUCCCGACGGAGCAUCAGCCAAAAAGACCCAGAAUAGUUGGAGGGUUUUUGGAGGACAGCGGGGAUGAAGGGAGUGAAGAACCCAGGGAGACGUUAAAAGAUCUUGGCCAGCUCCAAACUUCUGCCGAACGAGAGUCAAUCUUGCCCGCAAUCCCCGAGGCCUCCGACAGUACACCAGAUGCGAGACACAACACCGAGCAAGCACAACGACAGGCACCUUCUAGUCCGACGCUGCCAGCCUUACCUCGACCACUCUUCCGGAGACUUGCGCCCAAGACAAUAAGUAUUCACACGAGUUCCGGUUCAUCACUGAGCGUCCCACUAAGAACAAAGUCGGAGGCUCUGUCUUAUGAGCAAAUCAUUGCACAACGGUCAACAUCCUUGCACGGGCGCGCAAAGAAGUCAUACUAUGGAAUUGACAUACACAAACUUAUGGACGAUGCAAAGGCGCAACACCAGCUCCAAGAUUUUGAGAAGCAGAGAAAAGCGGAGGAACAAACUUCCGAGUCUCUACUCCGGGAAUCGAAGGUUAUCGCAAGCGCCGGUUCCAGCUCGACCCAACACCAAAUGUGGACGGAGAAAUACCGAGCUAAAAAGUUCACUGAACUCGUGGGCGACGACCGCACGCAUCGGACUAUACUUAGAUGGCUCAAAUCCUGGGAUGAUCUUGUUUUUCCGGGCAGCUCAAAGCCGAAAUCAGUGCGGAUCUUCGAUGACAGAGAACCGACCGAACAACAGCACAAGAAAAUUCUGCUUUUAACAGGACCCCCCGGGCUUGGAAAGACAACUCUCGCGCAUGUAUGCGCCAGGCAAGCUGGCUACGAAGUCCUCGAAAUCAACGCAAGCGACGAUCGAAGCCGGGAUGUUGUCAAGGGAAGAAUUAAAGACGCCCUUGCCACGGAGACGGUGCGCGGCAUCAAAGAGCACGGCAAAGCCAGAAAGAGCGGACGUCCUGUGUGCGUGGUAGUCGACGAAGUCGAUGGUGUCACUACUGGCUCAGGCGGGAGUGGAGGCGAAGGAGGUUUCAUCAAGGCAUUGAUCGAUCUCGUUCAGCUAGACCAGAGAAACUCGCUGCCCGGAGGUCAGGGCCAGGACCAAUCCCGCAAGAGAAAGGGCGACAGAUUCAGAAUGCUACGGCCCUUAAUCUUGGUGUGCAAUGAUGUGUAUGCGCCGUCACUCCGACCAUUGCGAACAAGCUCCUUUGCUGAGAUUAUCCAUGUUCGGAAAGCCCCGAUCGAAAAGGUCAUUGUCAGAAUGAAGACAAUUUUCGAGAAGGAAUCCAUUGCCUGUGACAACGACGCUGUGCGUCGACUUUGCGAGAAUGCCUGGGGGCUAGCCAUGCGCAAACAGAGAGGUCCAGGCUCUCGAGGCUCCGGAGAAGGUGACAUUCGAGGUGUCCUGGUGCAGGCGGAGUGGAUUGCACAUAAACUGCGGGCACGUGGAAACGUACCCCGGUUAACCAAGCAAUGGCUCGAGCCUCAGCUUGAAAAUGCCCAGGCGUCACAGGCAACCGGACGUGGUGGAGUCCGAGAAGUCGUUGAGCGAGUCUUUCUCGAAGGAGCCGGGCUACCUGACCUACCCACAACUCUCUCUGCCGACGAUGCAAGGCUUGUGGCCGAUGCUAGAAGCAUUUCAGUCGGAGUUUCGGACCUCAAGAAGCGGGCAGCUAUCAAAGCUCUAAGGGAGAUGAUCGAUACGCUGGGGGAACAUGAUCGAGUGGUCACCGAAUGCUUCUCGGUGUAUCCCUCACAGGCAUAUCAGGAUGAUGUACAGCUCUCGAAACCUAAUGCGGGUUACGAUUGGCUUCACUUCCAUGACUGCCUGUCAAGCCGAGUAUUCUCAGGACAAGAAUGGGAACUGACACCGUACCUGAGCACAAGUGCUUGUGGCUUCCACCAUCUCUUUGCAUCGGUCGACAAAGGUACAACUUCAUGGAAUGAGGAAAAGCCCGAAGAGCAAGAUGUCGAGAUGCAUCCCUUCAGUGGUCCGAGAGCCGAUUUCACUGCUUAUGAGGCAGAGAAGCAAUCUCGAUCUGUGCUUACUGAACUGCAAUCAAACUUCUCGGGGCCCCUGCUUAGAAUGUUCAGCACUGUUGACUCAAUAGCCACAGAGCUCAUCCCAAACGUGGGCAAAAUGCUGGCGCCAGAUGUCAAGCCUGUGGUUAUCGGUGGAUCUGGCGGAUCUGCCAGUAUGGCCAGUGUUAGAAAAGAUACCGAGAAGGUAUGCAUCAAACAUGCAGUCCGGACGAUGAUGGCCCUUGAUAUCUCCUUCGAAAAGGUCCGCAUCGAGAUCGAGGGCGGAGGCGCUCAUUCGAAUGGUGGUUAUGCAUACAGGAUGGAGCCUCCUCUGGAUACAUUGCUCAGCUUUCACUUCGAUAAAGGCACAAAGCCAACAGUCCCUAUCCGAUACUCUGUUCGGCAGGUUCUUGACCAAGAGCUCAAGAAGGAGAGACUCUUGCAAAAUUCGCUCAUUAGACAUGCUCGAUCGGGUAUGUUGGACGUCAGAAAAGGUGUGGACGAUGACGGAAAUAAAGAGAACGAGGGACCCUUCGAAAAGAAGAAGCAGGCACUCUCAAAGUAUGCCGGGUUGAAGCGGGAUUUCUUUGGUCGAAUCAUCAAUGAUGCUCGACCAACGUCUGCGGGCAAGGGUUCAGCGGUACAGAUGGGAAAGGAACCUACCGACCACGAAGGCAGAGUGUGGGUGUCCUUCCACGAAGGAUUUUCCAACGCUGUUCGAAGACCCAUUACUCUGAAAGAGCUGAUAGAAGGGUUCUAA